AUGCGCAUUGUCAUGAAGGAGGCUACUGAGUUCCGCCGCAGCUUGGGCACUAAAAACCGUCAAAUUGAGUGGCUUCAGAAGACUUGCAAUAAUCUGCAAGCAUCAGUCACCAAGCUCCAUGAGCAGGUAACCCAGCUUAGGAGGGAGGGUAUCUACGAACCUCCUCCUGGGCGUAGGUCCACUCCUGCUGCUCAGCCGGCACCUGCUCCGUCCGCACCUACGCCGGUAGGCGCUGCGACGGCUACGCACCAGCCACCUCCAACCGAGACCUCGCCCUUUGGGUCUCGCUCGGCGCCUCUGCCUGAGUUUAACCAUAGCAAGACGGAGGUGCAGCCUUGGCUUGACCUGGUGAACGACACCAUGAUCCUCGUGAAUGUGCGUCCUGAGGCUCGCGUCACUGCAGCUACUCGUGCGUUGGACGAGGUGGCCUGCAGAGCAGUGUAUGGCGCUAAGAAGCAGGCGCAGGGACCGUUUGAAUGGCCGGAGUUCUGCACCGCGCUAAAAGAGGCAUUCAUGGUCAAGAAGUCCGACCUGGAACUGCGCGGACGCCUUGAGAGUAUCAAGUGUCGUGACCGUUCGGUGCAAGAAUGUGCGGUCGAGUUUGAGGCUGCAGCACGUUCGCUCCAGAAGCCCUUGUGUGAGGAGGAGAUGAUGCACGCCUUCAUGAAAGGCCUCCCUGUCAAGCUGCAGCAGGCACACAUGACCGGUGGCAUGACCAACUGGACGACUUACAAGGAGAUGAAGGAGCAGGUGAUCAAAACUGACAACAUCAUUCGCACGUACAUCCAUGGUCUUGCAAUGUCAGACCAGCAGCCCCGUGCUAAGGGCUCUGGUGGUCGUGGGAAUCGACCCCAGAAUGCCUAUGGCGGAGGCGGUUCGAACAAGCGACCUUUCCAGCAGCGUGAGCACCAGCCUGGACCACAGGCCAAGAAGGCUAACGGGGGGGGAGGUCAUGGCCCUAACAAGCCGGACUUCUCCAAGAUGCGGUUGGAGGAGUAG